AUGUCCGCCAUUCCAAAUGCUCAACUUGCCUCCGAAUACGACGAGGACGCGUGUAUUCGGGGCCGGAUUUCCAUAAUCAGAGGUCGUUGGGAGUCAGCCUACUCGACCCCUCUUACGAAGCUUCUCAAACAGCUUAGCGAUAAGGGAUAUAACAGUCAGAAGAAUGAGACCUGCACCCAGGAUAUCCAAUUCUUCGAACCGACGGAUCCAGGACCCCUGAAUAUACCCUAG